CCCCAAAUCUCUUCUCUAAAUUCUACUUAUAUCUGCUAUAAUAUAUAAAAAAGUAAUUUUGAAAAUUUUAAUUAAUUUGAAUUUAGGCACAUGUUGCUGGUGGCUGUCAUAUUACUGGAAGGUGGAGGGAGCUAUGACACAAAUUUAAUUAAAAGGUCCUAUUACUGCUGGAUUUGCAAGAUUUUUUAAUACAAAUUUUUCCUUUGAAUUAUGAUUUAAAUAUCAAAAGAUCUUAAAUUUUUUUAAAAAAGGGAAGUGUUUUAGUUUUGGAAGUCAGAAUGCCAAGGAAAAGGAAAAAUGUUGGGGGCAAUCCUUUGCGGAAGACUGCAAAAUCUCAGGAAAUUGUCGUGUCACGUGUUGCUAGUCGUGAGGACCCAACCACUGCUCUUCCUUCCAUGUGUGAGAAAAAAAUUGAUCAGGAAGAACUCUUCACCAGUAUCUCAGAGAUGUUUUCUGCUCUGGAUCCUGAUGUAGUGUAUUUGAUGCUUUCUGAAUGUGAUUUUAAAGUUGAAAAUGCCAUGGAUUGUCUAUUAGAGUUAUCUGCUACUAAUGGCAAGAUGGAAGAAUCAUCUUCAAAAAGUCCUCCUGCUUGUGAGAACGGGCCGCGUGUGUCAGGAAGUGCAGGAACGGAGACAAGUCCUGUAGGCGAGAGUGAAGACUCGACACUGGACCCGUUCCUGGAUAUGCAGCUGACGGAGGACUUGGAUUCCUUAAUACAGAACGCCUUCGACAAGCUGAACUCUGCCCCCGAUGACCAAGCAUGCUCGUUUUUGCCUUUGCAAGAUGCUAAUAGUUUUAAUGGCCCUUCAACCUUUAUGAGUUCAGAUUCAAAUGGUGUGACCUCUGUUCUUUCUGCACAAAAUACAGACUCAAACAGUGAGAUUCUCAAGAAUUCUGCUGCUUCAGUAGGCUCAAACCCACUAAUUUCACAUUCAGUUUUGAAUAAGCCUGAAAGUAUUAUAAAGGAUGGCACACUGCCAUUAGAAGGUAGCUACCCAGAAGAGUCUCCUCCCAGUAGCUCUGUGACUCCAACAAAUGACUCUGUUGUGGGUUGUGGUAGCUUUAGCCAAAGACAGAAGGAGCUUUUAGAAUCCGAGUGUCCUAGCGCGCAGCAUUCUCAGGCCCUUGAUGAUCUGGGUACCAAUGAACCUCAGGUUCCUUCACAUCCUCCUCUGCACAAUUCAGGGCCUGGUUUAGCUGGUACUGAUGGGGAUCAAAAGUCCACUUCUGCGCCUGACGUCUUUGUGCCCUCUGAGGGGUUCAGUUUCAAGCCACACAAACACCCUGAGCUGCCACCGAAGGGCAAGGACAUGAGCUACUGCCCCGUCCUCACCCCUCUCCCCUUACUCCUUCCUCCGCCGCCUCCGCCACCAAUUUGGAACCCAAUGAUCCCUGCUUUUGACCUCUUUCAAGGAAACCAUGGCUUUGUAGCACCCGUGGUAACCACAGCUGCUCACUGGAGACCUGUCAACUACACGUUUCCACCCCCCGUCAUCUCCCACACCUCCCCAACAAAAGUGUGGAGAAGCAGUGAGGGAACUAGUGCUUAUCAAGUUCAGGAGGCCCCAGUGUCUCAGCCUGCGAGGAAGAAGACGACGUCCUAUGUCGGCUUGGUUCUUGUUCUUCUCAGAGGGCUGCCGGGCUCAGGGAAAUCCUUUCUGGCAAGGACUUUGCAAGAGGAUAACCCCAGCGGGGUCAUUCUUAGUACUGACGACUAUUUCUAUAUAAAUGGGCAGUACCAGUUUGAUGUGAAGUACUUGGGAGAAGCCCACGAGUGGAACCAGAACCGAGCAAAAGAAGCAUUUGAGAAGAAGAUAUCUCCAGUAAUCAUAGACAAUACCAACCUCCAAGCUUGGGAAAUGAAGCCGUAUGUUGCACUGUCUCAAAAGCAUAAAUAUAAGGUCCUUUUCCGGGAACCAGACACAUGGUGGAAGUUCAAACCAAAGGAACUUGCAAGGCGUAAUAUUCAUGGCGUAAGCAAAGAGAAGAUAGCACGCAUGCUGGAGCACUAUCAGCGCUUUGUUUCCGUACCGAUAAUCAUGAGUUCUUCAGACCCAGAGAAAACGGAGCGGAGCGAGCUGUGUGCAUAUGCUUGUGAGGACAGGAGCUCUAGCCCAAGAAACAAUGAAGCUGUUACCUCUGAAAAAGAAGGAAACGUCUUACCCGCAUCUUCGAAGCACCUGGAGUUGACGCAAGAGAAGACACUUGACGUGGCCAAAGAAGCAGUGUUACCUGAAAGCGUUCCCCCGCUCCCUCUUGCCAGUUUAAACAGAGGAAGGAAGGAGGCGAGUGAUGCAAGUCACGCAAGUCACGGUGUGCGUGGCCCUUUCUCUAGGGAAGCUCCAAACACCUGUCUUCCUAACUCUGAGAGCAAGAUGCAAGCCACAGAUAAGAGAGAGAAGGAGCCAGAGCCGACAGCGACUGAAGCAGGUGCUUGGAGCCCCGCAGACGGAGCGUCACCAAGUAGUUUGUGCACUGACAGUCAUCCAGAAGUGUGUGAGCUCACCAGUGCAGCCACACGUCACUGUGACAACCCCUCACCCCCUGAAGUGGUGGAGGAAAGGGCAGCAGGAAAGAAAAAGACCAUUGGAAAACAAAAAAGCAAAUCAUCUUUGGAAAAAUUCCCAAAACAAGAACCAUCAAAUUUUGUGGGUGACUGGCCAGUUGAUAAGACAAUUAGCCAGAGAAGCAAAAGGAACCGGAAAACUGAAAAAAGUUUAUCUGUACAAAGUGACAAAAAAUAUAAUCGCCCCCAGUCUCACAAAGUAUUAGAUAUUAGGGUACCUGUGACUCCAGACCACACCCAGCCCCAAGGAGCUCCUCACGGAAGUGAUGCUCUUUCUGAGGUGCCCAGUAGCUAUCACUAUGACACGUACAGAAGCACUGAGCAGACCUCCUUCAGCGCCGUGGGCGACUGGCCCUCGGCUGCCUCGUUAGCUCAGAGAGAGCACAGAUCGAGAAUACCAAAAGCUAGCUCAGGUGAACCCAGCUUAGAGUUUGGAGCCAGUGACAACAUGGGUAAAAUUCCCUUAUACCCAGCACAUGAAGCCUAUUGGGGCACAAGCCCUGAAGAACUGAAAACACUGGGUUCCACCCUUCGAGGUUCUGAAAUGCUGCCCAGUCAAACAAGUCACGAGGAUCAGCUUUGCCUGGGUAAAAUGGUUCAUAGCCAGCACACACUGCCCCUUCCCUUUUCCAGUAGCUCAGCCACCCUUCCUGGAGUCGUGGGACCCCGAUCUCUAGCAGAAUUUCCAGUGGGGUUGUCUGCAGUUGUCUCUGGAAUAGAUACUGGCACUUGUACCCAGACUGAGCCCCAAGAUUUUGCUCUCUUGUGGAAAAUAGAAAAGAAUAAAAUCAGUGCUUCAGAUUCUGUCAGAGUGUUGACCGGAAAAUUGGAUGGGUUUAGGCCAAAAGAUUUCACUUUUAAUACAAAAUUAAAUGUCCAGGCAACAAUUCCGUAUAGAGGGAUGCAUGAUAAAAGCACCUAUGUCGAGGAGAGCGAGCUCACCAGCGCCGACGAAUCCGAAAAUCUUAACAUCCUGUGCAAACUGUUUGGGUCCUUCUCCUUAGAAGCCCUGAAAGAUUUAUAUGAGAGAUGUAAUAAAGAUAUUAUUUGGGCCACAAGCCUUUUGUUGGAUUCUGAGACGAAGUUAUGUGAGGAUACUGAGGUUGAUAAUUCCCCCAAAUCAUAUGAUGAGUCACAAGUUGGGCCAUUUUCUAUGGGGUUAGAUUUGAAGGAAAUUAUUAGCCACAAAGGAACCUCAGAAGAUUCUAAUUCUUCUGUGUCAGAAUUUAGUUCUGGCAUUGGUAUCAGGAACACUAGUGCACAGCCUGCUGGUGAUGCUGAAAAGGGGAGCUCAAAGCAGGAAGAGCUAAGAAAUGUAAAUCCUGAAAACCCUGAAUUAAUAACCAGAAUAUUCCCUCAUGUCAGUGCAAAUGGAAAGAGUAAUAAUGAAAUAGUUCCUAACGGUCGGGCUGGAAUGUCAGGUGCGCAUAGUUUCAGACAGUCUCUCCCACGUACUACAGAAUCCGGUGUUCCUAAAGAUGUAAGCGAAAUGGAGAAAAAUCUCGUCACAGAGACCGGAGACAAUAUGCAUUCUUUCUUAAAUUUAUCUGAGUUUAUAAACUCUGCAACAAGCUCUUCAAAUCCUGAAUUAGAUGAACUUGUUUAUUUUGCUGGAUCUUUGGAAGUAAAGAAAAAUGAAAAUCUAACUAAGGAUUAUGUGAAAUUGGCAAACAUGGAAGACUUUAUCAAUGAGGAGAAACAGGAAGUGGAGAAGCUUCUAAUGCCAGGAACUAAUUUGUCAGCAGGAAUAAGUGAAGAGGACAGAACUGAGGUAUUGAAUCCCGCACCAGCGAUGGCCAAAUCUCUGACCAUUGACUGUUUGGAGUUGGCAUUGCCCCCUGAGCUGGCUUUCCAACUCAGUGAAUUAUUUGGCCCAGUUGGUAUUGAUUCAGGGUCUCUAACAGUUGAAGAUUGCGUGGUUCAUAUAGAUCUGAAUCUGGCUAAAGUGAUUCAUGAGAAAUGGAGAGAAUCUGUGAUGGAACGGCAGAGACAGGAGGAGGUGUCUUGUGGCAGGUGUGUGCAAGACCCUUUGCUGGCUGGACUUGCUGUUCUUGAUAAUUCUGAACAAAAGUCAUCCCAGAAAACAGGCAAAAAAUUAUUGAAGACUGUAGCAGCACCCGAGACGCUGGAUCCCUGGAAUGCUCAAACAAAGAAAGUGUCUCUGCGAGAAAUAAUGUCGGAAGAAAUUGCCUUACAGGAGAAACAUGACUUGAAACGGGAGACACUUAUGUUUGAAAAAGACUGUGCCACUAAACUAAAGGAGAAGCAGCUCUUCAAAAUAUUUCCAGCCAUCAAUCAAAAUUUCCUGGUGGACAUUUUCAAAGACCACAACUAUUCACUGGAACACACGGUGCAGUUUCUAAACUGUGUUCUUGAAGGAGACCCUGUGAAAACAGUUGUAGCUCAGGAGUGUGUUCACCAAAACGAGACUGUCACUUCUCAAACUACACUGAAACCUAAAGAGAAAAAGGCAAAGAAGCAGAAGGAGACUGAUGACGCCUCAGGCGAGCCACCCUUCCAGGACUUUGAGUACCCGGAGUAUGACGACUACCGGGCCGAAGCCUUCCUGCACCAGCAGAAGAGGAUGCAGUGCUACAGCAAGGCCAAGGAAGCCUACCGCCUGGGGAAGAAGAACGUGGCCACCUUCUACGCUCAGCAGGGCAGUCUUCAUGAGCAGAAGAUGAAGGAAGCCAAUCACCUCGCUGCUGUGGAGAUCUUUGAGAAAGUCAACGCCUCUCUGCUGCCACAGAAUGUCCUAGACCUCCACGGGCUGCAUGUGGAUGAAGCUAUAGAGCAUUUGACAACAGUUUUACACCAGAAGACAGAAGAGUUUAAGCAGAGUGGCGGUAAGCCCUAUCUUUCUGUGAUUACUGGGAGAGGAAACCACAGCCAGGGAGGAGUCGCUCGCAUUAAACCAGCUGUCAUUAAAUACCUCACAAGCCACAGCUUCCGGUUCUCUGAAAUUAAACCAGGGUGCUUGAAAGUCAUGCUAAAGUAAAAUUUAAAAAGCCCUUGACUUAGAAGUGUGAAGGUUUGUAGAUUGAAAUUGGUUUUAUUUGUAGUAAUUCAGCAGUUCUACUUUCAAAUGUGUUUUAUUAGGAAUGUAAAACAAGAAAAAUGUUUUUCAGAAUUCAAAAAAAGUUUUUACAGGAUCAAAUGCCAAUCUGUUACUUGUUAAAACAUUAAAAGGAAUUUUUAUUAAUUACAAAAUGUCAAAAAAAAUUAUCAACUGCAGUUUAAAAAUCUUAAGUGCUCUAGGUCGUUCUUAGGAAAACAAAACAAGAAAACUGCGGCCUUUGUAUUAACUGUUUCACAUUAGAAAAGUCCUAAGGCAGCUCUGAGGGCGGUGGCUUCGAAGCCUGCUUCCAGCCUCUGCACACAGCCGCAGAGCAGUAAAG